AUGGUAGCAGAGUACUUCUUUCAGAGAGGAACUCCAGACCUCUUUGCGUCGAGUCACAUCGUCAACAAAGCUAUCGUAGCUUGCAAGGAAUGGGAAAGCGCUCAAGGGACUGUACCUAAGCCUCUUUAUACGAAAGCUACCCCUCACAGGAUCCCUGACCUGACAGCAGAUACAGUUAUCUGCCAUACAGACGCAGCGUGGAACAAAGAACAUAAAGUUGCGGGUCUCGCGUGGAUCUGCUCCACUCCUGACUCAAUCGAAAUUUCCCGCGGCUCCUCCCUUCAACGCGCGGUAGCUUCACCCCUCAUGGCGGAGGCGCUGGCGGUGAGAGAAGCUCUACGACACGCUUCGUUGCUAUCCUACAAACGCAUCUGGCUACGCUCAGAUUCCCAAGGGCUUAUUACAGCCAUCAACUCGAAUCUCCCAUCGAUAGAACUCUACGGUAUUUUAUCGGAUGUCGAUUCGAUUGUUUUUUCUGCUUUCAAUUCUGUUUCUUUCUCGUUUGUGUCAAGAAACCAAAAUGGUCUUGCAGACUCUUUGGCAAAGGCCUGCCUAUGUAUGAAUCCUUCUGGAUUGGGCCUCUAA